AUGGCCGGUCAGCAAGAGGCUCCGGUGUAUCACCCCCAGGAUGCGCUCAGCCGGGCCAUCAACACGACGAUGGUCACUGGCGGAGUCGGUCUCUUCACCUCCGCCGUCCAGAAUACCCUCCAGAAGCAGAACGUCGGCCCAUGGGGUAUUUUCACCAAGAACGCCCGAACGUUUCCUGCCGUGCUGGGCUACGGAGUCGCAUUGGCUACGAUCCUGGGUGUCUUUGAAUACAGCGGAGGAAGGAUAGGAGGAAAGGAGGCCGACCCCUCCGUUGACGAGUACGACCGAAGAACCGCUCUCAGGAAGAACUUCCGAAGUCCAGGCGAACAGACGAUUGCAGAGCUGGGUGAACGAAGAGGAAUUGAGGCACCUGGAUUCGCAGAGAGACGACGAGAGCGGAUAAAACAGAACUACGGGAUCGAUGUCCCAGUCACACAAGCAUCCGCGGCUCCAUCCCCUCUCCCGAAUGUGAAGUCAGCGUUUGUACCAGUGCCUGUCCUCCGUCCAGCUCAACUCGCCGACACGUCCAUCUUCUCCCUUUUAUCCAAUCAUCCUCGUCCCUUGAACCUAUCAGCCCUUUUAUAUCACAUGACCCUGUAUCAGCCACGAUUUUGCGUCUCCAAGAAGCUGCUGGAUGACGUUUGA